AGCAGAUACCAUGUGAACUGUUGUCACCUUGAGUAUGUAAGUAAAUAUUCGUUUGUGACAUUGUUUCAUUUACUCACGCUGCCGGGGACAGUCUCGAUACAAUCGUGAAUAAUGCCGGGAAUAAUAAAGGAAUCGCUAACUGGGUGGGAGUUGAUCAACGAUUUAGGUGCUUUGCCUGAGAACGAGAAUAUUAUUACGGAUUUCCUUUUGGAAAGAUUGCAACGCGGUCAAAUUUACACAUGGAUCGGAUCGCUGCUCUUAACAUUGAAUCCCAGCAAUGAAAUGUCACCGCCUGAUUUAUACAACUCUUUGUUCCUGGAUAAAAAUGUUAAUGUACCUGAAAUCAUUUACGGAGGGAGCCCUCAUAUAUUCACUGUCGCUGCCAAGGCCCAUUACAAUCUUACAAAUGAGAUAGGAAAAAAUUGUCAGGUGAUUGUGAUAAGUGGAGAGACUGGGACGGGAAAAACGUUCAAUGCUUGCAAGUGUCUAGAAUUUUUCAGCACCAUUAACAAGUGUCAACUCUCUGAAGGUGACACGUGCGACAUUAUGCUAAGAAUUACAGACGCUUGCCGUGUGAUAUCGGCUUUCACAACCGCGUGCACGGAGAAGAACGAAGUUAGUUCUAGGCACGGGCAACUCGUGAGGCUCCACUACAAAAGCGGUACCAUUUCCGGCGCGACUAUCACUUCGUUUCUUCUGGAGAGAAGCCGAGUGACGAGAGGCUCGAACAAUUUUCAAAUAUUUUAUCAGAUAAUAUUCGGAAUGUCGGACGCGGAACUUGAAGCUCUCAACUUAUCGAAGGAGGAAUAUUACGACAUAUUAAACGUCAUUGAUUACAACAAGAGAAAAUAUUUUCAAAAAGGAUUUCAAGACACUCUACGAGCCUUGGACGUGCUAGGCUUCAAGCCUGAUCAGAAGAAACAAAUUUUCCAAGUCUUUGCUUUGCUGAUACACAUGGGAAACAUUAAAUUUAUCGAAAAGGGUGAAAACUGUACAGUCGAUCUUAACAAUAACAAAUCCAAGGAAGCUCUGAAAAGUACAAGCACUCUCAGCUGCUUAACAGAAGAUGCCGUGAUCGAAUUGCUUACCACAAUUUUAAUAAAUCCGCAAAGCGUUUGGCGGAAGCAUACGACGUAUCACCGACACCUUUUAACUGUGGACGCGUGCCGCAAUAGAUUGCAUAGUAUAAUUAGGCACAUAUACGAUCUCCUCUUCAAUUGGAUCUUGAAUCACAUAAACCGUACUCUAUCCCUGAAACAGGAGUAUUCGCAAUGGCUUGGAAUAUUAGAUAUUUUCGGUUUCGAAUCGUUCGAUACGAACGGCAUCGAGCAAUUAUACGUGAAUUACGCCAACGAGAAGAUGCAGCAGAAUUUCGUAGAGACUUAUGUCGAAAGUAGACGCAACGACUUGCUGGAAGAAGGUUUCAUAGAAAGUAUUUCGCCGUUGCACACAAUCGAUUUGUACAAGGAACGUUUGCAUGUGAUCGAAGAGAAUCUAUUCCUUACUUUGAACGAUGCUUCUCAAUCGCCUGUCGCCAUGAAUACUUUAACGAUAAUACGAUUAGCGUGUAAUAAUUUUACCGGCGUGCAGAGAAAAUUUUUAAGCGAGAAAGAUGGCAAUUUCGUUAUAUCGCAUUACGCGGGUCCCGUCGCGUAUUCCAUUCGUGAUUUAUUGUAUAAGAACACGGACAAGGUACCGAAUGAAAUAUCUCUUAUUUUUAAUGCGAGUAGAAAUAAAUUUCUCCGCUCUUUAUUCAUUAUCGAGGAGGAGCAACAAAAUGUAAAGACAUGUACUAAAAAGAAAACAAUGUUGGCUAAAUUAAAAUACAAUAUGGACUCGCUUAUUAAAGAACUGAGUAAAUGCGACUUGCACUACGUGCGAUGCGUGAAACCAAACCGACUGAUAAAUUACGAAUGGGAUCGAAAGGAUUUUAAGAAACAAUUAGCUUGCAUCGGCGUUUUCGACGUCCUGCCCUUGGUUAAGUGCAAAUAUCCUAUUCGGCUGCGUUAUCGAGAUUUCUAUCAUCGCUACUCCAAAAAACCAACGGAGACAACUGAUCCCGAAAAAUGUAAAUUGAUUCUAGAGUCCAUCGCAUCAAAGAAAGACUUGUUUGCGUUGGUUUAUUUCGGCAAACAAUUAAUAUUUUUGGCAGAACCAAUUUUUAUCAAGUUGGAAUCCUAUCGGAGAAAUUAUCGCGCUAAAUGCGCUGACAGAAUAAAAGCGUUCUUUAUGAGGCACAGGCGCAAAGCAGAACCAUUGUUUGUUUCAAAGUAUUCAAUGACCAAUGACCAGAAAUCUGACAUAAAUGAAACUGUUACGUCUAUUAAAAAUAUUCUUGAACACGAAUUAAAUCGAGUCGAAAAUAAGUCGAGUAGUUCGGAAGGAGAUGAAGUAUUUACGAACAGUCCGCUUCAUCUUAGAAAUAUUAAUGGAACAGAGAAAGAUGUCGAUGAUGUUAAUAGCCCGGAAAACAAAAAUUCUGGCAUUUCAAAAAAGAUACAACACGACCGUGAAAACAGACAGAAAAAACUGAUGGAUCUUAGACAACAUUUGAAACACAAACGCAACGAAAGUUGCUUUCAAGGCAGCGUUGCGAAAUUUAUGAAGAAGAUGAAUACCGAGUACAAUUUCAAAUCUAAGCAGCGCAAAAGUGUAUCAAAGUAUAUUGUCGGUACAAAAAACAGUUGUAACGAUAACAAUAAUAAUUUAUUGAAACAGUAUUUAGACAUACACGUUCCUUCUGUCGACGUUACGGACAGUGCCGAUAAAAACACAUCACCCGUGCAAUACGACACGAUGACAGAUUUGUACACGGUUCAAACGGAAUCUUGUUUACUAUUUUAUAAAAAGGGAGUUUUGAAUCGACGGCGACUUGCUACGUUACCGAUAAAGGUACAUACUCAGGCAACUUGUUUGUUUAAUUCUCACGUAAUACCACGCAAAGAGUUACCACAGGGACUGCAGGACUGUCUCUAACGAAAAUUGAUCUUUCCCAUAAAGCAAUAUACACGGAGCACAUUGUUAUGAAAGAGUACUAGUGCACGUAGUAUCAUAAAAAUAGAAAAGUUUAUGUACAGAUUAUUAUACGCG